AUGUCUACCAAAGCCACGCUGCUGUGUUGUGUGGGGGCAGACAACAACUACCACAGCAUCUUAGGCACGUUCAGAAUGUGGUGGUGUGUGCGGUGCUUUGUGCCGCCCAUACUUCUAAAUAUCAUCUUUUUUCUACAGGCCGACGCCACUACCAGCUUUUUGAGAGCAGCUCGUUCAGGGAACUUGGACAAAGCUCUAGACCACAUAAAAAAUGGAAUUGACAUCAAUUUAUCAAAUCAGAAUGGUCUAAAUGGGUUGCACUUGGCCUCUAAAGAAGGCCACGUGAAAAUGGUCCUGGAGCUUUUACAUUCUGGAAUUGAACUUGAAGCCACCACAAAGAAAGGAAACACAGCUCUUCAUAUAGCAGCGCUGGCCGGACAGGAGAAAGUGGUGGCAGAACUGGCCCACUAUGGCGCCAACGUUAACGCACAAUCCCACAAAGGCUUUAGUCCGCUGUACAUGGCAGCACAGGAAAAUCAUCUGGAGGUGGUGAAGUUCCUGCUUGAGAACGGGGCCAAUCAGAGUCUCCCAACAGAGGACGGCUUCACUCCCUUGGCUGUAGCGCUCCAACAAGGCCAUGAAAACGUGGUGGCCCUGCUCAUCAAUUACGGCACCAAAGGCAAAGUUCGGCUCCCAGCACUGCAUAUCGCGGCCCGCAACGACGACACGCGCACGGCUGCUGUUCUCCUGCAAAAUGACCCCAACCCAGAUGUUCUCAGCAAGACCGGUUUUACCCCGCUCCAUAUCGCAGCCCACUACGAGAACAUGAGUGUUGCCCAGUUGUUGAUCAAUAGAGGGGCAAAUGUUAAUUUUACUCCUAAGAACGGCAUCACACCUCUUCAUAUAGCUGCACGAAGAGGCAACAUGAUGAUGGUCCGACUCCUGCUGGACAGAGGGGCACAGAUUGAUGCAAAAACAAAGGACGAGCUCACUCCUCUGCACUGUGCGGCCAGGAAUGGUCAUGUUCGUAUUAUUGAGAUUCUCAUGGAACAUGGCGCUCCACUUCAGGCAAAAACAAAGAAUGGGUUAUCCCCCAUCCACAUGGCAGCUCAAGGGGAUCACAUGGAUUGUGUUAGGCAGCUUCUUCAAUUCAAUGCUGAAAUAGAUGAUAUCACACUGGACCAUUUAACUCCUCUUCAUGUAGCAGCCCAUUGUGGCCACCACCGCAUGGCCAAAGUCCUUCUUGACAAGGGAGCCAAAGCUAAUGCACGGGCUCUGAAUGGCUUUACACCUCUACAUAUUGCUUGCAAGAAAAACCAUAUGCGGUCUAUGGACCUCCUGCUUAAGCACUCUGCGUCGUUAGAAGCAGUCACAGAGUCCGGUCUCACGCCUCUUCAUGUAGCAGCUUUCAUGGGCCACCUGAACAUAGUUAAAAAUCUGCUCCACAGAGGAGCAUCACCAAAUGCUUCCAAUGUGAAAGUGGAAACACCACUUCACAUGGCCUCAAGGGCAGGACACUGUGAAGUUGCCCAGUUUUUGUUACAAAAUGCAGCACAAGUAGAUGCAAAGGCAAAGGAUGACCAGACGCCCCUGCACUGUGCUGCCCGUAUGGGACAUAAGGAGCUAGUGAAGCUGCUCCUGGAACACAAGGCCAGUCCUGACUCUGCAACCACUGCAGGACACACGCCUCUGCACAUCGCAGCCCGGGAAGGACACAUCCACACAAUCAGAAUACUGCUGGACGCAGGAGCACAGCAGGUCAAGAUGACAAAGAAAGGAUUUACUCCUCUCCAUGUAGCCUCUAAAUAUGGAAAAGUGGAUGUGGCUGAGCUGCUUCUUGAAAGAGGAGCAAACCCAAAUGCAGCUGGAAAGAAUGGUCUGGCACCACUGCAUGUGGCCGUCCAUCACAACAACCUGGAUGUUGUCAUGCUACUGGUCAGCAAUGGAGGAUCGGCACACAGCACUGCUCGAAAUGGUUACACUCCUUUGCACAUCGCGGCCAAACAGAACCAGAUGGAGGUGGCCAGUUGUCUGCUGCAGAAUGGGGCCUCGCCGAAUUCCGAGUCCCUCCAAGGCAUCACGCCCCUGCACCUGGCAUCUCAAGAGGGGAGGCCCGACAUGGUGGUUCUGCUCAUCUCCAAACAGGCCAAUGUUAACCUGGGAAACAAGAGUGGACUGACCCCGCUCCAUCUCGUUGCUCAGGAGGGACACGUGGGAAUCGCGGACGCAUUAGUCAAGCACGGCGCGUCGGUGUAUGCAGCCUCUCGGAUGGGCUACACACCUCUUCAUGUGGCAUGUCACUAUGGAAACAUCAAAAUGGUGAAGUUUCUUCUACAGCAGCAGGCACAUGUGAACAGCAAGACACGGAUGGGCUACACUCCUUUGCACCAAGCCGCGCAGCAGGGUCAUACUGACAUUGUGACCUUGUUGUUGAAACAUGGAGCUCAACCCAAUGAAAUCACUUCUAAUGGGACCUCCCCCCUGGGCAUUGCCAAGCGACUGGGAUACAUCUCCGUCAUUGAUGUUCUAAAACUAGUAACAGAGGAGUCCGUAUCCAUGAUCACCACUGAAAAACAUCGGAUGAGUUUUCCGGAGACCGUAGAUGAGAUAUUGGAUGUUUCCGAAGAUGAAGGAGUUGCCCAGCUAACGUUAGGGGAUGAGUUGCUUGGGAUGGAUGGAGCACGUUAUUUAAAACUUGACGACUUUAAAGAUCAAGAUGACGACUUUCUCUCUCCAAAGAAAACUCUGCGAGACUUUGAAGGAGGCAUGGGCACCACGCCUUACUCCCCAGCUAUUCCUAGAAUUCCAUGUGUUUCUCCAGAGACGGUCCUACUAGAUCAGCACACCCCCCUUCCUUUGCCAAAGGAUUAUGACGAAGACUCUCUGAUCCCGAGCAGCCCUGCAACAGAGACUUCAGACAACGUGAGCCCAGUAGCCAGCCCCAUCCACACUGGGUUCUUAGUGAGCUUUAUGGUGGACGCUCGGGGCGGGUCCAUGCGAGGCAGCCGACAUCACGGCCUACGUGUCAUUAUCCCCCCUCGAACCUGUGCAGCCCCCACACGCAUCACCUGCCGUUUGGUCAAACCUCAGAAACUCACAACCCCACCUCCUCUGGUGGAGGGGGAGGGGCUUGCCAGUCGCAUCAUCUCUUUAGGCCCGUCUAGUAUGCAGUUCCUUGGACCAGUGAUUGUGGAAAUCCCACAUUUUGCUUCACUUGGCCAUGGGGACCGCGAGCUUGUCAUCCUUCGAAGUGAAAAUGGCUCUGUGUGGAAGGAACACCGCAAUCGUUAUGGCGACGAAGUGCUGGAAACCAUUUUAAAUGGCAUGGAUGAAGAUCUGGAAAGUCAAGAAGAGCUGGAGAAGAAAAGAAUAAGAAGGAUCAUCUCCACUGACUUCCCUCUGUACUUUGCGGUGGCCUCUCGUAUUCAGCAGGAGAGCGAUCUGAUUGGGCCAGAGGGGGGCCGGCUCACGAGUAAGCUGGUUCCUCACGUUGAGGCAAUCUUUCCUGAAACAGCAGUGACCAAAAGAGUGAGACUGGGGCUUCAGGCCCAACCAAUUCCAGAUGAGCUGCUGACAAGACAACUCGGUAACCAGGCAACAUUCAGUCCGGUCGUUACCAUUGAACCUCGAAGGCGCAAAUUCCACCGUCCAAUCGGCUUGAGGAUUCCACUGCCGCCUUCCUGGAGAGAAAGUCCUCGAGACGCUGGGGAGGGGGACACCACCAGUUUACGACUCCUCUGCAGUGUCAUAGGUGGGACAGCUCCCGCUCAGUGGGAAGACAUCACAGGAACCACUAAAUUGAUGUAUGCAAAUAAAUGUGCCAACUUUACGACCAAUGUUUCUGCAAGAUUUUGGCUGGCUGAUUGCCCACGUACCGCAGAAGCAGUGACCUUUUCCAAUCUGCUGUACAAAGAGCUUAUGUCUGUUCCAUAUAUGGCCAAGUUCGUUAUUUUUGCUAAAAUGAAUGAAGUGAGGGAGGGACGGCUGCGCUGUUACUGCAUGACGGACGAUAAAAUGGACAAAACUCUGGAACUCCAUGAGAACUUCACUGAGGUGGCUCGCAGUCGAGACAUAGAGCUAAUGGAGGGCAUACCACUGCAUCUGGAGUGUUCUGGGAACCUGGUGCCCAUCAGGAAGGCAACACAACAGCCUCGGAGCUUUAGCUUCCAGGCCUUCAGAGAUAACAGACUGCCCGUCUCUGUUAAGGUCAGAGACAGUAACAAGGACGCUACAGGGUUUUUGUCCUUCCUGCGGAAGUGCACAAAGUAUGAGGAGACACAGCACGUACUGUGUAACCUUAACAUAACCAUGCCACCUUGUGUCAAGGUUGCUGGCAGUGAGGAACGGCGCAGGACUUUGACUCCUCUGGCUCUCAGAGAGCGCUACAGUUCACUGAACGAGCCUGGUGUGGCUGCUGUAAACGUCAUGGAGAGGACAGAACUAAAAAUAAAUCUCAUAUCUGAACAGCUGGGAUUGAGCUGGGCAGAAUUGGCACGAGAGCUGCAGUUUGGAGUGGAUGAUAUCAAUCGCAUCCGUGUAGAAAAUCCCAACUCGCUGCUCGACCAAAGCUCUACUCUUCUGAACAUGUGGGCCAGCAGAGAAGGAAAGAGAGCUAAAAUGGAGAGUUUGUACACAGCGUUGAGGAACAUUGACCGUGUAGAUAUUGUGAGCUCCAUAGAAGGGCCUCCAUCCUUGGCCCCUGCUUCAUCAGAGGAAGGGGCGUGCCGCCUGGGUGACCGAGACUCUUCUCUGCUGUCGCCCAGUGUCCUCAAUGGAUAUGGGUUGGUGCAAGAGGAGCUGCUCUCCCCUGCGUCCCUGCAGUACAGCCUGCCCUCGCCGCUCAAUGUGGAGCCGUACUGGCAGGAGGUGUCGAGCCUGGAGUGUGCGCCGAUAGCCACCACAGAGGAGGACACACUCUUGGAGAUGUCUGACGUGCAGGUGUGGCCCGCAGGGGUCAGCCCCUCUCUGGUCACAGUGGAGGACUCUUCUCUGGACGGCAGCAGCCGGGCAGACGACUCAGAGGGGGCCACACUCUCGCUCCCCUGCAGUUUAGGACGUCCCAGCAGCGGUGCCAGCGGGGCCAGUGGUUCUAUCAUGGAGCUGGAAGAGGAGGAGGAAGAUGAGGAGGUAGAGGUAGAGGAGGAGGAUGAGGCCCAGCCAGAGCCGCCCACAGCUCUGACAGACAGAGACAGAAUCCGAGCCAGUGGGGCAGUGCCCAAGGUCAACCUGAACGGCCAGCUCGGAGGUCAGAGGUCUGAGGGGAAGAGAAGGGAGACUGGAGGGAUGGGUUCAGGUGCAGGGAUUUGUGUUUCAGGCCAGGAGGACGUCACAGGGAUGAGUCGACCCUCAGAGCACAACGGGGACAACCGGGUCGGAAGAGGAGGAGCUUUCCAGCCGUAUCUGCCAGAGAAGGAUUCCCUUUCAGGCUGGGUGGGCUCGGUGUCCACCGGUCGGGACAGCAGUCUGAGUGAAGCCCAGGAGCCUGUGCUAAUUUCGGUGUGUGACUCCGGAGGGAGGAAAAAGAAGAAUGUGCAACUGAAACACGGGCUGAAGAACAUGCUCCUGUGCAGAGAAAGGAAAGAAAAUCUACUGCCAAACCCUCCUCCACUAAACGGCAACCUGACCGGCGGGGAAAAUGAGCGUGUACGUUUCGCUCAUCAGACUCAAUAUGUGACAUCAAGCAAGGAGAUGCUGUUGACUUCACAUGAUCUGGAAGAGGAGUUCAACUUGUAG